AACGAGCAGCAUCACACUUCCCUUAAAUGUCUGUGUAAAUUAACUGUCAUAGGGCCAAUUCGAGUAGUUCCGCCCCAGACCUGAAGAACGAGCUUUGAACAACCACACACCUGGGAGAGUAAACAUGGUAUGCGGUAAAGCCAGUGUUGGAUAUGUUUGGGGACUGUAGGGGCAAUGACAGUUGGAGCUAUCUUACCAGACAACUACAACAAUCUUUUUUUUGCUGCUAUUAUGGAUGAAAACACUGAAGGUAUAGAACAGCUGUCCUUAAUGCAUGGAAGCGACUCCUUGAUUGAAAUAUACCAUGUUACGCAAAGGAAGGUUUUCUGGAAAGCACUGUCCACCUAUCCCCUUCAUCUUGCUGCAAUGAACAGAAAGCUGGAGAGCAUGAAGAGUCUGUUAGCAUUGGGAGCAGACGCUGAAAAAAGGGACAAACAAGGCAGAACAUCACUACACUUAGUAAUUAUGAGCUGGCCAAGAUUGUUAAGUUCAACGAAAGAAUCCACAAAUGUUUCUCCUUUCCGAGCAACUUUGAUCACUGUUCGUGAAAAGGCAGAAGCCUGUUUACAGCUCCUGUGUGAGCAUGGCGUGGACAUUAACGCUGAGGUGACUGGGGUCAUUAAAGAGACAGCCCUUCACAUAGCAGUGUCCUAUUCAGCCCUAUCUGCUGUCAAGACUCUGAUCAGCUAUGGAGCCAGUGUGAAUGUACUGGAUGGUGUGGGAAUGACCCCCCUACACCGAGCCGCAGGAAUACUCAAUAAGGACAUACUUUUGUACUUGAUCAAGCAGGGAGCAGAUCUCAACAUGGCAAUGACCGAGUCUGGGAACACACCUCUGCAUAUCGCAGUAAGCGUCUGUGCGACAAUGACGGCCAAACCUAAAGCAGAUGACCUGGAGUGUGUCGCAGAGCUGCUGGAGCAUGGUGCAGACCCAAACAAAUGCAACAACCAAGACAGAACGCCUUUACAAGACGCAUGCUUCAUGGGCUGCAUCGAACUGGUGGAUCUGCUUCUCAGCUAUGGAGGAGAUAUCAACAAACUGAACAAGGAUGGAGAAAACUGUCUAUUCAUGUUCCUAAACAGGGGGGUAAAAGUAACAAGCAAUGAGCUGCUGUCAAAACUGUUUGGGUUAACCACGCCGCUCAUCUUUCACAACAAAAGUGGCCACCUGCCCUCCUCUCUGAUGCUUCCGUGUUCCUAUAAAUUAAAGGAGCCAAUACUGAGACUUUCACAGGAACCAAGGUCACUUAAAAGCAUCUGCAAAGCUUUUAUUUACAUUCAACACAAUCGUAACAGGACAGAGUGGCAACAAUUGCUGCCAGCUGUUCUAUAUGAAUUUGUUUUUAAUGACUGGGACAAUUUAGAUAGACUGCUGUUAGAUGUAGAGAUAAAUAACAACAACAAAUCUUCAACCUAAAACCCUGGUGACACUAAUGUUGCAGAAUAAUACCGCAAACUUUUACUCAAUAAUACUCCAGACUUUUAUUCAAUAAACAAAAAAGCAUACCUUAAGGUCCCUGUGCAUGAUU